CAGGUGGUGUACAACUAUCACCACCGACAAACCCAAAACCCCCAGCGUGAAUCGUCCCAUUAGCCCGCACCAUACCUCUUUGCGCUGAUCUCUCUCUAUUCAUCUGCCACGACGUCCAGACUCUCCCCUUCGAUUGUUUCCGUCUUGCGAAAUGUCAUCAGCAUCUACCGCGCGGUAUCGCGAUCGCACGCACGAGUUCCUUUCGCUCGUAGAGUCCCACACCCAAGCCUCUGGAUCGUCCAGCAGACUGCUUGCUGAUGGAGGGAACAAUCGCAAAAAGACUCCAGCAGAAAGGAGCGAGUUUGCAAAGAGGGCUGCAUCUGUGGCCAAGGAGAUCGCAGAGACGAGCGCCAAGUUGGGAAGACUUGCUGAGCUGGCGAAGCGCAAGACCCUCUUCGACGAUCGACCCGUCGAGAUUAGCGAACUGACGUACAUCAUCAAGCACGACUUAGCGUCGAUCAACCAACAACUGGGUCAGCUCCAAUCCUUCGGCAAGCAUCAAAGGGCGGCGCCAUCAGGCAAGAAGGACAAGGGGGAAGAACACAGAGGUAAUGUGGUCACUUUGCUCCAGAGCAGAUUGGCUGGGACUACGAGCGCUUUUCAGGAAGUGUUGGAGGUCAGGACAAAGAACAUGAAAGCAUCGAGAGAGCGGACUGACCAAUUUGCCUUCAACGGCGGAGCAGCUCCAGCACCACCUCAAGCCAACUCGAUCCUUCGUUCUCGCCUCGGUGUACCACCAGACUCCCCGCUCUACACUCCCAGAGCUGGAUCGAGUCAAAGUCAAGUGGCUGCAAGAUCAGCACCCCAGCAAGGAUACGACCCAACGCAGGCAGCUUAUGAUGGGUACGAUUCAAAGGCGAAAGGAGGUGGGGAGUUUCUGACGCUGGAUAUGGGCCAACAACAGCAGCAGCUUGAGCUGAUGGAGAACGGAGGCAAUGAUGCAUACAUGCAGCAGCGGUCCACUGCAAUUGAAUCGAUCGAGAGCACCAUUUCAGAGCUUGGCUCCAUCUUUGGACAAUUGGCACAUAUGGUGCAAGAGCAAGGAGAAAUGGUCACUAGAAUCGAUGCCGACGUCGAAGAAGUAGGGCUCAACGUGGAGGGAGCGCAGAGGGAGCUGCUCAAAUACCUGCAUCACGUAUCGUCCAAUCGGAUGCUGAUGCUCAAAAUUUUUGGCGCCGUCAUCAUCACUUUCUUGUUACUCGUUGCUCUCAGCUAGGACCCUUUCCUCGUCUCAAUGCCAUGCAAAUUGAUGACAGACACGUGCCAGCAGAGUCACGCCACGGCGUCAUACUGCAAGCUGCAAAGGCGGGGUAUAGUUGAUGCGAUUGAAGGAUUCGGGAACUGUACGAGCGUCCUCCCGGCAGCCAAGGGUAAAUCGGACUGGUACUGCAUAGGGCUGAAUUGUGCCCAUGACGGGAGUGCAACGGCUGUACGCAAGAGUGAUGCCUCGGCCUGCAAUUUA